AUGCCGGACCGGGUGAAGGAAAAGUUGCUCGAGGCGGAUCGAUUGCCGGACAUCGUGCCGGGCCCGGAUGCGUAUCGGGACUUGCCGAAUCUCAUCGACGCCGUGCGCGGGACGGGGGCGAAGGCGAUGAACGUGCAGUUGUCGGUGGAGGAGACGUACGCGGAUAUUAUUCCGGUGCGAGAGGUUGGUACGCAUUCGGCGUUCGUGACGAUUAUGCGUGGGUGCGAUAACGCGUGCGCGUUUUGCAUCGUGCCGUACACGCGCGGACGCGAACGGUCGAGAGAUUUGGCGAGCAUCAUGUACGAGAUUCGUUCGUUGAGCGAACGAGGGAUCAAGGAGGUGACGUUGUUGGGGCAAAACGUCAACUCGUACGCGGGAGACGUCACGAGCGCGACGACGAGGGAUUUCUUGAGUCAGCUCGUGGGGGAAGACGUGGACGCGGUGGAACUCGUCGCCAACGCGUCGAGCGCCGGUUUGGCCGGCGCGCAGGGCUCAGCCUUCGUCGGCUACGCCGAUGGGUUCAAGUCUCGGUACGAUCCCGAGCGUAAGCGCGAGGGCACGAUUCAGUUUGCCGAAUUGCUCGACAAGGUGGCGAGCGUCGAUCCGGAGAUGCGCAUUCGAUUCACGUCGCCGCAUCCGAAAGAUUUCCCGGAUGACGUCCUCAGAGUGAUUCGCGAUCGGCCGAACGUGUCGAAGUGCUUACACAUGCCCGCACAGAGCGGUUCGACCGCGACGCUCGAGCGAAUGGCGCGGGGGUACACCAGAGAGGCGUACAUCGAGCUCAUCGAUCGCGUCAGGAUGAUCAUUCCCGGAUGCGCGGUGACGACGGAUAUCAUCUCCGGCUUUUGCGGUGAGACCGAGGCGGAUCACGAAGACACGGUGAGCUUGAUGACGAGAAUCGGGUACGAGCAAGCCUUCAUGUUCGCCUACUCCGAGCGCGAGGGCACUGGCGCGCACAGGCAUCAAAAGGAUGACGUUCCCGAGGAUGUCAAGCAGCGGCGAUUGCAAGAGGUCAUCGACGCCUUCCGCGCCAAGGCGGGCGAAAAGCAGCGCAUGGAGAUCGGCUCCACGCACUGCGUCUUAGUCGAGGGUCCGAGUAAGAAGAACCCGGAGGAGCUCACGGGUAAGACGGACACGUCGAAGUGGGUGAUUUUUGACGACGCGCCGACGGGGUCGUACGCGGGCGACGCGCGCUCGGCGACGACGGGGUCGCAUCGCGUGUCUCCGGGCGAUUACGUCGCCGUGCGAGUCACCGGAUGCAGCACUGGUACUUUAUUCGGUGAAUUACUGGGAAAGACCACGCUUACGGAGUUUCAAAGACUCCACGGCGCGCAGUGGACGACGCCCGCCGAGGCCGUCGCCGCCGCGCGUUAA